AUGUCCCCAACACUGGGAGGAAGCAGUCACAUGUUCCGGUUUGCAGUGUGGUGGAUGGGUGUAUGGGUAGGAGUGUGUGUAUGCCUAUCCUGGGCCGUGCCCCCUCAGCACCGUGGUUGGCUGCGGCUGUGGGAGGAGGGAGAGAGCUGUGGGGAGUGUGACAGGUCUCGCUGCCCUGUGGUGCCAUCCGGCUGUCCGGCAGGCCUGGUGAGAGACAGGUGCGGCUGUUGUGAGCACUGCGGUAAUGCUGAAGGUCAGUGGUGUGACCUCGACCGCUCUCAGGAGUUCUACGGCCGCUGUGGUGACGGGCUGCGCUGCCAGAGGAGGCCGUCCCGUGCCAGGGGUCUGGGGGCCGAGCCAGAGCCCAGGUGUGUGUGUAAGAGCAGGGGGGUGGUGUGUGGCUCAGAUGGUUGGACAUAUCCCAACCUGUGCCAGCUAAGAGAGGCAUCCAGUAAGUUAGAGACCAUGCUGUACCAAACGGCUCCAGGACCAUGCAGUGCUGCUCCUCGCAUAAUCAGAGACCCCAAAAACUCGAAAAACUAUACUGGCCAUGACAUCGUAUUUGGGUGUGAAGUGAUGGCCUACCCUUUACCAAAUGUGGGCUGGAAGAAGAAGGACAGUGACCAUUUCCUCCCUGGGGAUGACCCUCACAUCUCUGUACAGGUGCGUGGUGGUCCGCAGCGCUACACUGUGUCAACCUGGCUCCAGAUCCACGGCCUCCGCCAAUCAGAUGCAGGCAUCUACAUCUGCAUCUUCCACAAUGCUCUGGGAGAGAAAUCUGCCUCAGCACACCUAUCAGUGAUCAGUAACGAGAUAAGAAACAUCCCGAAUGGCCUGUAUGACAGUGACCUUUUCUCUGAUGGAAGUGAAGAGCCACAUGAAGAAGAGCUGGACCUUGGGUCUUUGACUGUGUGAUAAUGUUCAACAUAUCUUAGAAUCACAUAUAAAUAACUGCUACAAUUUAAACAAAAUACACCAGCACAACACAGGAUAAAUAAAAUAUGUGUUUAUUAAUUUUAUUACUAUUGAACUUUGGCACAAUAUUGAGCUUGGAAAUCAUCUACAGUCAUCACAGUAAAAACACCUUUACAGCAACCUUUCUCUAUUAAUUAAUAAACAACUUUUUACUUUGGUGUGUAA